AAGAGAUAUAAAUUUGGUGUACUCUUAAUUAAAGAAGGACAAACAAAAGAGGAAGAGUGGUUUGCAAACGAACAUGACUGUCCUGCCUUUGAAGAAUUCUUGAAUAUCAUUGGCAAGAAAAUCAAAUUAAAAGGAUACAACGGCUGGGCUGCCGGUUUGGAUAGAAAAGGCGGCGAUUCUGGUGAAUAUACUUAUACAAACACUUGGUAUGAGCAUGUGCUUGCCUAUCAUGUGUCUUCUUUAAUCCCUUCACGACCUGGUGAUAAACAACAAGUUCAACGAAAGAGACAUAUUGGCAACGAUAUUGUCUGCAUCAUCUUUGUCGAAGGCAAUCAACCGUUUAACCCAACUGCUAUCAAGUCACAAUUUUUGCAUGUAUUUAUUGUGGUUCAUCAAGAAAUAUGGGCAAGCAAGAAAGUAUGGAGGGUAGAGGUUGUUACUGUAGAAGAUGUCCCCAGUUUUGGUCCAUCAUUACCUGAUGUAUUUGAUAAUGAACAAGAUUUAUCCAACUUUAUCUUGGCUAAACUGAUCAAUGCUGAAUAUGCUGCACUCAAAUCACCCAAGUUUUCACACCCUAUGGCUCGCGCAAGGGAAGGCAUAUUUUCAAACAUUGUUGAUAAAGGAUGGAAAAUAUUGGAAGAAAUGGAUAGAACAUCAACUGUGACAGCAAUAGCAACAAGUAAUGUGAGUUCAGAUACAAGUGGAAGCAGUAUCACGACAACAACAAGUACAAACAGCACUAUCAGCACCGCUAGUACAAGUAAUAAAAAGAAAUUUCAUGUAAAAACAGCAUCAACUAGCUCCUCCAUAAGUACAAUACAUAGCAUUAAACAUAUACCAUCGGAAUCAUGUAUACCAUCACCGACUAGAUCUAGCUUGUUGCCACUUUCUGAAAAAUCAAACCAAGAACAACAAUCAUCCCAACAACCACAGCAGCAUAGGAAAGUGAAAGAAGGUAAGUUUGUAAAAGUGUCAAAGAACAGAAAAAAUAAAGCUAAUAACCAAUGUGUAUUUAAUAGUUGGUAA